AACCAAUUGACAACAAAAACGAGGACAGCAAGAAGGGUCCGGUGGUCAUCCGGGCGGUGAGCCGCGACGAAGAGGGUAGGAAGAAAGUGGAGAAGACGGAAGUCUACUCGCACAACAUGGACACCAUCAUAUACGCUGGCCAUGGUGGCAAGUACACCUGGGAGGGCCCUGCAGACGUGUUGGACAACGAGUUAGACGCUGCCCCAGCGGCAAUUGAUGAGGGCGACCCUAAUUAUGUAGAUGAGGAGGCGGAUGACGGUAACGCGACGGGGAUGGUGGUGGGUGAAGUGGAGGUGGCGAAGGUGGCGGCGGAUGGAGACGGAGUUGCUAGGAUCGAGGUUGAUCCUCGAUUGAACGUUAACGUUUAAUUUUGUUUCACUUUCCUGCUAAUGUUUUUCUCAGGGAAUUUGUUGCUUUCUGUUGGAAAGUUUUUUCUUUGCUUUGUGUUUGUUUGUCUUACUUUUAAAAAAUUAAGAGAAAAAAAAAUCACAUAUAUUUUAAAAGGAUAAUAAUUUGAUUUUUUUUAA